AUUGUGUUUUGUGCAGGUGUUCUCUUACAUUAUAUAUAUGAAAUUAUGAUUUCAUAGUAUUAUCUUAUGGUUAAACGCCAAGACUACUUAAAAUGUUUAUAGAAGACAUUAGAAAUGAUUUUUAUAACGUUCUUUUGGAAAACAGAGUGCUUCUACUAGUUCAUUACGAUGUUGACGCAGUUUGCGCCUGUAAGAUAUUGCAAGAUUUGUUCAAGUGCGAUAAUAUUUCAUAUACAUUAGUCCCCGUGGGGGGUAUAUCGGAUCUUAAGACUGCUUAUGAUGAAAAUAAUGAGGAAAUUAAAUAUGUGGUGCUGGUGAACUGUGGCGGGACCAUAGACCUGGUAGAUAUACUGCAGCCCGAAGAAGAUGUGGUUUUCUUUGUGCUUGACUCUCAUAAACCAACAGAUAUUUGCAAUGUUUAUAGUGAUGGACAGGUGAGGCUCAUCUACAAGGAUGAUGAAGAAAACAUUCCAAACUUUGAUGAUAUAUUUAGAGAUGAUGAAGAGGAUGAAGUUGAAAAUGAAUCAGAAGGACGAGAGGGUAUAGAGGCUGUGGUAGAGCGGCGGCGCGCUCGGAAGGCUUGGGAAGAGAAGCGACACACACUCAUGUUUAACUACACACAAUUCUCUUAUUAUGGCAAACCUAGCGCAUGCGUAGCUCUGGAGAUAGCUGCGCGUGCUUCACGCUGCACGGCGGCGACACUGUGGAGCGCAGCCGUGGCUGCGGCGGCGCACGAGGCGCUUCACUACCGCUCGCCCGCGCGCUGCUUGUUGGACGCGGAGCCGCUGCAUCGGUAUGUGGCGGCGGCCCAGAGACACGUAGCCGAUGACGACGCGCAUCGUGUGGCGCGUGUCAUAGUGGAGAAGGACGCGUGGUUGCCGCUAUACCGCUGGUGGUCGUUGGAAGGCGCCCUUAGUCAUGCGGGCGCGCUGGCGCCGCACCUGCGCCUGCACGCGCGCUCGGGAGCGGUUCGUCUCCGCCAGCUACUGGCCGACAUGGGAUUUCCUUUGCAACAAGCUCGUCAAGCAUAUCGCUCUAUGGACGUAGAGCUACGGAGAUCUCUUCUCACAGCGCUCGAGACGGCGGCUCCCAAACACAAGCUGCCUGUGCCGACGCGCGCCACGUUCCUGUUGCAGCGCCCGCACUCGCCGCCCGUGGCCGCGCUAGACACGGUUUACGCGAUCAUGGCGCUGAUUGAACACGAAACUAUUCCCAGUGCAGAAGGCUUUCAAUAUGCUCUUGCAGCCCUCCAAGUGACUGGAGAAAAUGAAGCUCUUAAGCAAGGGACAGCAGCUGCUAGGCGAGCAUUAGAAGCUGUAGCGAGACUAGCUAACAGUAUUCUGUCGUCAAGAGGGCUGAUGUUGGCUGGACCUUUCAACUAUUUUAUUGUUCAAGAGGGCAGCCCCGAGGCGGGGUCGCUGCGCGGGCCGCUGUGGCUGCGCGAGGCGGCGCGCUGGGUGUCGCGCGCGGCGCCGGGCGCUCCCCGCGCACUGCUCGCCUCCGCCCCGUACGCAGCCGCCAACUGCCUGCUGCUCGGCUUGCCGCCGCGCUUCGACCACGAGCCGCGCAAUUUAUUUGGUGCGGCGUUCGAACAAGCUGCCACUAAGAGUGGAGCGUCAGUGUCGUUAGACCACGUGGACUCAUCCAUCAUCACGUUGCCCAUAACUCAGCGAGCACAAUUUCUCGACGCCCUCACGGCACUACUUGCAUGACAAUUGACAAACUUAUGUCCGCUACAUAAAUUAAAAUUAAACUAUAUAAUGCCACACUGAAACAUAAAAAUUUGUUACUUAAUAUUAAGUUGUGGUUUUCAAUUAAAUACCGCCUAUAUAGCAUUGUAUACAGAUGCUUAUCUUACACCAUUCUACUUUAAACAAUACAAAUCCCUUAGACCUAAUUAAUGUAUUCAAUUAUGAUAUUCUAUAUAAAGUAGCUGUGUAUAAUUUUAGUACUUGCAACUUUUUUAAAGAUUUAUUUUUGGAGUUGGAUAAGAAAUAGUCCAAGAGUUUCACCAUAAUGAUUAUAUCCUACAAUAAAUCACUCAUUCAUAUACAGGCAAUGCAAAUUAUUGUCUCUCAAAAAUAA